GAAGUGUCACUGAUUGUGUUAAGGAAUAUAAGUCCUUGGCCUUCUCCUUUUGGGGGAGGUGGGGGGAGCAGUGAAACAUAAAUGGGAAAAAAAAAACAUCAUGUGUUCUGGGUCCUGACACAUUCAGUCUGAAUGUGCUAAGGAGAAAUGGACACCACAGAGCUGCCUACUUCAGAAGCUCACUCACCCUCAUGCACCCUGGGGGGGCCAGAACAGACCUGGGGAGCCUAGCACAUCCAGAGAGACUUCUGCUUCAGCUUUACCCACGACUUUUUUUUUUGUUAGAGUUUCACUCUUGUUGCCCAAGCUGGAGUGCAAUGGCGCAAUCUCAGCUCACUACAACCUCCGCCUCCUGGGUUCAAGCGAGUCUCCUGUCUCAGCCUCCCAAGCAGCUGGGAUUACAGGCGCGUGCCAACACAUCUAGCUAAUUUUUUGAAUUUUUAGUAGAAAUGGGGUUUCACCAUGUUAGUCAGGCUGGUUUCGAACUCCUGACCUCAGGUGAUCCCAAAGUGCUGGGAUUGCAAGCAUAAGCCACCGUGCCCGGCCUCACCCACGACUUUCUUAGCUACCCACUCAUCUAAUGCAUAUCAAAUGCUAGAAAAUCAAAAAGGCAGCUGGUCUAAGGGUGGCUCCCACAGGGUCCUGGCCAUUUCAGAAGGCUGGGCCCUUUCUUCCCAAAGUCCAUCAAGCAGAGGUCCAACCAUGACCCACACACUGCCCUUAAUCUGACCUCUUCAUACGCAUUACAAAGUGCUCAAUGCCAUUCAUUUGAAAAAGUAAUUUUAGAACUAAAAUUCAUACUAAGACUGUAGUCCCUUGCUAUACGACAAGCCUAGGGGUGGAAGUCCUUGCCUGCAGAGGUCUCCAGACACAGCCAUGAUUUAAGGCCCAUGUCAAUGUCUUUAGAGAAGCCUUGUGGGUCUCUGGAGCCUGUAAAUUCAGAGGUUCCUGAAGCCUGGGUUUCUGACAUUUCCAUGACAAAGAGACAAGCUGGGGCAAAGGACCAGAGAUAAGGACUUAGAAAGACAACAAGCUAAAUGCCCAGGACCAGGAUAUACCUACCUCUAAACAUCUAUUCAUUCAUUCAUGUACUUACUAAGCUCAGGAACUAGGCUUUUACUUUACUUACAUGAUCUCAUUCACCAAUCUUUCAUCCUACUCCCCAUUCUCCUCCUCAAAGCAAAUGGUGCCACCAUCCAUCCAGUUGCUUAGGCAGAAACCACAGUCACUGCAGAUCCCUUCUCUUCGCUGACCUCACAUACCCAGUUCAUCAGCAAGCUCUGUGGAUGCUAACUCCAAAACAGAUCUCAAAUUCAUCCAUUUUCCUCCCAGUUCACUGCCACCACAAACACCUUGGCUAAAUUCUCUCUCCUCAUAAGUACUAUUAUAGCUUUCCAUCUGAUUUCCUAAUUUCUACUCCUAUCCCCUUUAAAUUUACAUAAGAGCAAGAGUUUGCUUCUCAAAACAUAAAACUGGCUCAAGUCACUCUCCUGUCCCUCACUCUACACAGGGCUAACUGUCCUGUAAUUCUAUUUUUUUUUUUUGACACAAGGCUCCAUUCUGUCACUCAGGCUGGAGUGCAGUGGUAUGAACACAGCUCACUGCAGCCUUGACAUCCCACCUCAGCCUCCUAAGUGUCUGGGACCACAGGCACGCGCCACCACACCCAGCUAAUUUUUGUAUUUUUUGUAGAGACAGGGUUUUGUCAUGUUGCUCAGGCUAGUCUUGAACUCCUGGGCUCAAGCGAUCCGCCCACCUCGGCCUCCCAAAGUGCUGGAAUUACAGGCAUGAGCCACUGCACGCCUUCUGUCAUUCUUUAGGUCUUAAAUGUUAUCUCCUCACAGGACCUUAGAGGACUUCCUUCACCGUCCAAACUAAAAAAACACACAGAGAGACAGACAGACACACACACACACACACACACACACACUCUUUCUUCACAGCACUUGCCAGUUUACAACUAUUUUAUGUGUUCAUUUAUUGGCUUCUGCACCAGAGGGAACCGUUCGGGAGUUAGAGGCCUACUGUCUUCAUGUUCUCUGCAAAUUUUCCGAACACCUACCUCUGUGUCUAGCACAAAGUAAGACCUCAAUCUGUGGAAUGAUCAGAUUAACUUUUUCAGCCCCAGUGUGCCAAUGUUACUAAUGCUUCUACACAGAAAGGAAGGAUCCACCCAAACCCCCAACCGACAAGGAAGCCGUCCGUGCUCCGGAGGGAGGGUAAGGACAAGUGCUCCUCAAACUCCCUCACCCACGGCUUCACUCAGGAUUUGUCACGUGACCAGCAACAGCCGGCUCUCAAACCUGGAGUGCCCCACAGACUUUCCCUUGCAUUCGGGGUCCUCCGCAGAGAUUAAUGUCAUCUCCUUCCCUCCCUGCUGGCUCUACCACUCUGCCUCCCCUGCUCGCCCCGCUCUGAUUACCGCGUCCCAUUACCGGCUGUCCGGAUCCUUAGCGCCACCGCCGCCGACGCCAUGUUUGCGUUCACCAACUUCCGGUCCCCAAAAGGUUCUACUUCCGCUAUCAGUAGCUGUACUUCCGGGUCUUGUGUGGCAGUUGAAAGAGUGGCGGGAGAACUUGCAGGGAAUGAUUUGAUAGCACAUACUGAUGGCUCUGAAGAAGUCAUCACCCUCACUGGAUUCUGGUGACAGUGACUCUGAGGAGUUGCCAACAUUUGCCUUUCUGAAGAAGGAACCUUUAACAAAGAGGAGACAGCCUAAAAGGGAAGAGAAGAUUGUAGUAGUUGACAUCUCAGAUUCUGAGGCCUCCUGUCCUCCAUCACCAGGCUUGAAAGAUUCACCACCUGUCCCAGACACAGCUGAAACUGUCACACAAACACAGUCAGUCAGUUUGCUGUGCAGUGGAAGUGAGGAUGAAGAAUCUAUUCCUCUAGCUCAGAGGCUUAUACAUAAAUUUCUGACCCACAGGCAACUGAGCCCUGAGGACUCUAGCUCCCUAAUUAAAAGUGUUUUGGAUUAUCAAAAUAAUGAAGGUGUGUCAUGUGACUGGAAAAAGCAGCCCUUUUCAAAGAUCCCUGAACUUCCCCUCCAUGAUACUCCAGAGAGGAGUGCAUUAGAUAACAAGGACCCAAUCUUAGAUCCAUGCCGUCAGCUUCCAGCCUACCAGUCUACCUGCUCUGGCCAGAGCAGCAGCUUGGCAGUAACCAAAACAAAUUCUGAAAUCCUCCCACCCCAAAAGAAAACCAAGCAGAGUCAGAAGGUCCAGGGAAGAGUCUCACAGGGAUGCCAGCAGCAGAGACAAGUAAGGCAGAAGGAAAGCACCCUGAGACAACAGGAAAGACAGAAGGCAGCACCGGUAACCAGGAUGAAAGCCCAGAGGCCAGAGGAAUGUUUAAAACACAUCAUUGUGGUGCUGGAUCCAGUGCUUUUACAGAUGGAAGGUGGGGGCCAGCUCCUGGGAGCACUGCAGUCCAUGGAGUGCCGCUGUGUGAUCGAGGCGCAGGCCGUGCCUUGCAGCGUCACUUGGAGGAGAAGGGCUGAGCCAUCUGUGGACGGAGAGGACUGGGUGGAGGAGCCAAUAGUCCUGGUGUUGCUCCGGGAAGAGGCAUUUGUGUCCAUGAUCUACAAUGGAAAGCAGGGAAGCCUGGACAGCACUAGGAAAGAGAAGGAAACAUUUUGGGGCUUUGUAACUGAUAUCACAGCAAGGACAGCAGGGAAAACUCUGUCACUGGUGAUUGUGGAUCAAGAGAAAUGCUUCAGUGCUCAGAAUCCUCUGAGAAAAGGGAAACAGGGAACAAAUAAACAGAUGAAGGAGAAGCAGCAGAGACAACCAGAGGCCAGCACAGCGUCCAUGGUAUCCAGGGUAGACGUGGAAGAGGCAUUGGUGGAUCUGCAGCUACACACGGAAGCCCAGGCUCAAAUUGUGCAGAGCUGGAAAGAGCUGGCUGACUUCACAUGUGCAUUCACAAAGGCUGUGGCUGAGACGCCCUUCAAGAAGCUCCGAGAUGAAACUACCUUCUCCUUCUGUGUGGAGAGUGACUGGGCUGGAGGGGUGAAGGUGGACCGUGCUGGCAGGGGACUCUCACUGGUUUGGAGGAGACAGAUUCAGCAGCUGAACCGAGUCAGCCUGGAAAUGGCCAGCGCAAUUGUGGAUGCCUAUCCCUCCCCGCAGCUUCUGGUACAGGCUUAUCGACAGUGUUUUUCGGAGCAAGAACGCCAGAAUCUGCUUGCAGACAUACAGGUGCGCCGUGGAGAAGGUGUGACAUCCACCUCUCGCCGUGUUGGACCAGAGCUAUCCAGGCGUAUCUACCUUCAGAUGACUGCUUUACAGCCAGAUCUGUCUUUAGAUAGUGUUGACUGAUUCUAGCCUUCAGGGAUGAGGAUGAAAAGCUGGAGACUGCCACCUCCCCAGCCUCAGAGCCUGACUGCAGUGAAGAGACUGGUAGCACCUGGAGCACAAGCCUAGGUGAGGCCCAGUCUCUCCUGGGUCUUAUUAUUUGUGAAAGUCUCUCUGCCCAUCAGCUAGGGCAGAGACUGAAAUACUGCCACCUACCUUCGGCAUUUAAUGUUCCUCUCCUGGCAAAAAUUAACUGCCACAGACAAGCCACCCCCACUCCUACCCAGCCAGCCCUCAAAACACAAAGGAACAAAGACAGUCCACUCAGACACGUAUUUAAUAACGGUAGAAAUCCAAAAGAAUUAGCAUCAAAUCUCGAAGUCGUGAGUGAAGCUGCGGAUUGGCUUGACUGGGCUCAGCCACUGAGCUGCCUCAACCGGCCAAGGAACAGGAUAUGACUAUGCGGACUUCUAUGUUGUCUUAAUCUCAUUGUAUGUAUUACGUAUUUAGUUUCAAUAAAGCAUUUGUACCAAUGGC